AUGUCUACGUUCACAUGUAGCUUAACUGCAACGGAGCUUCUAUGUUCAAGUUCUGUAUUCAAUAUAAGUCUGUUCGUUCGUCUAGGGGAUGAUGGCAUGCUGCAGUACGUGCCAUCGGGUGAUGUAAUCAAUCCUGCCGAAUAUGUCUCACUUGGUGAUGGCACGAUCCAAGCUUGUCAGUUCUUGAGUCAAAAUGGCACCGUCAACGAAACUACAACAUAUUCCUUUUUCCGCUACUCAUCCACACAAACAACCCUUAGCCUAGCAGGCACAACCCUGUCGCUUGCGUCUCUAUUCAUUACGCUUGUUUGCUACAUCACGUUCCCUACACUUCGUCGACUAGUCAGCAACCAGCUAAUCAUGGCUUUUUGCGGAACGCUCUUCGUUGCACAGUGUCUUUUCUUGUUCGGCGGUAUGGCCAGUUCGGUGUCCCAAAACCUGUGCAGAACCCUCGCGGCGUUCUUACACUUCUUUUGGUUGUCUGUGUUCACCCUGUCCUCUUCAAUCGCAUUCGAUCUUCGUCGGACCUUUGGAUCUAACAAGACUAUCAGGGUAUCUACGGCAAGUCGCAAGGUCUUGUCACUUAACAUAGCAGUCGCCACUGGGAUACCCUUGUUAAUUGUGGUUAUCAGUCUGAUCCUGAGUGUCUUCGUAGGUGAUGACAUUGAUUUGCAUUACGGUAACGAGUUAGCUUGUUGGGUUGGAGGUGGAAAAGCCAACCUCGUCGUGUUUGGUGUGCCAGUUGUUGUCCUGUUGGCGUUCAACUUCUUCUGCUUCAUGGAUACAAUCUCUUCGCUCAUGGGUUUCACAUGGUUCUUCGGCUUCGUAGCUGCUUUCAGCAAACAUCAAGCCGUAUGGUACAUCUUCAUCAUCCUCAACUCACUCCAGGGUGUGUACAUCUUUCUGGCUUUCGCUGCUACCCGCAGAGUGUUCGAUUUAUGGCGUGGUCUAGUGCUGGAGAAGACCGUCGAUACCAGCCUUCGUGAUUCCUCUCUGCAGCUUAGGGAUAGGUCGACGUCGAGCUAUGUACAAAAGACAUCCACAUAA